AUUGUUGGGUAAGUAGAUGUUAACGCAUGGAUAUAUGCUAUAGAUAUGUUCGUUCUACAUUUUGAUCCAACAUGCAUUUGGUUCGAAGCCAACUUCAAGGUCGAAAGAGUUCUCACAGGGUAUAUUUUGGCUAUGUUAUGUGGUCUUAGCUGGUUGUUUUGAUCAAGUCAUAAAAAUUCCAAAAUGAAUGUGUAUUUUUAGACACAUAAUCAAAAGGCCUUGCAAAGUUUCUAGUUUAUUAUCAGAUAAAGCUAUAAGAAGCUUAGGCAAAUCAGUUAUAUGGCAAUGAAUGGGCAUUAACAGCCCCCCACCAUAAAGUGCAUAGUUCAAUUACACGAAGCUAUAAACUAAGCUAGUUAAUCUUAUCGUUUGCAAUUGGCUCGAUUAUCAGUUGAGAAAGUUAUCGAGCUAUCGAGGCUGCAGCCCGAUUUAGUGUCGUCGCCGACAUCGAACGGUUAAGUUGAACAGCAUGCCACAAAUACGCCCCCUGCCGGCGAGCCUGCAACGCACUGCCAUUGAGGAGCUGAACGAGGUGCCCGAGCGCCUGGAUGCGGAUAUCGCGGCACUGCGCACCUGGAUCGAACAGCAGCCGCAUUUGCGCGCCCGGCGCGAUGAUCAGUUCCUGGUGGCCUUCCUGCGCGGCUGCAAAUUCAGCUUGGAGAAGGCCAAGUCCAAGCUGGAGAGGUACUACACACUGCGCACACAGUUUCCCGACUUUUACACCAUUCGUGACGUGGACAGCGAACGUAUCCACGAGCUGCUGCGCCUGGGCGUGGGGCUGCGUUUGCCACGCCCUCUGCACGAUGAUGGACCCCGCCUCAUCUAUGUGCGGCCCGGCUGCUAUGCGCCGGACAGCUUCAGCUUUGAGGAGAUUAUGAGCGUGUCGCAUGCUUUGAGCGCGUUGAGUCUGGAAUUCGAUGACUAUGCCAUAGUCCAUGGCUGGCUGCUGAUACUGGACUUUAGUGGCUAUACGCCGGCUCACCUGAUGCAGAUGACGCCGAGCGCACUCCAGAAGAUGUCCGUCUUCGCAGAGGACGCGAUGCCCGUGCGGGACAAGGGCAGGCACAUGAUAAACACCAAUGCUGCCUUCGAGGUGGGCUUCAACAUGAUGCGAUCGAUACUGCCCGCCAAGCAACAGGGACGAAUCUCGGUGCACGGCAGCAAUCUGGAAUCGCUGUAUCCACACAUACCGCAAAGGUAUUUGCCCACACAUCUGGGUGGUGAGCAGGGCACCAUUGAGGAGCUCAAGCAGCUCAUGUGGGCGACCUUUCAGGAGCAGCGCGAAUACCUAAGGUCGGAGGCAGACUACGGCGUAGACGACAAGCUGAGGCCAGCCGGACAGCGUUACGACUACAACAGCAUUUUUGGUGUCGAUGGAUCAUUUCGCAGAUUAAACUUUGAUUAAAUGCAGUUUUUAGCAAUGCAAAAGGAUUCCUGUAUAUACCCUGUUCGCCAAGUAAAAUGAUUUAUAUUCGUAUA